GAAGGUGCUACAGUCAUUGGACAGUGAGCUCUCAGUACAUUCCCAUCCCUUUUUGUUGCUGAUUAGAAUGAAACUGAUGGACAGGGGUUUGUUACACAGCUUGUCACGUGUUUGCCUCUCUUUGCUGAUAGAGGAUUCUGUAUUGAGCCAACCUGUGAGUUGCACACAUAUGCACACCCAUACACCCACACACACUCCUUAAUGAUUUCAUUCUCCAUCACACACACACUUACACACACACAUACAGAGUCAGAUACCAACCUCCUCCUGUCUCCCCCCACCCAGCACUCAAUUUUCUGUUAGAGAAGCCGUUUCUGUCGGAUGCAGAAGAAGCACUGAGUGCAGAUGCCUCCAGCUCCCCGGAGCAGAACCAGGAUUCCUUUACACCUCUGUCCCUCCUCUGAAGGAAACGAUGACCCCAAAGAACAUCUCCACCACCCAAAGCCUAUUCCCCGCCAUGAGCAGUAACUCCAGCCAGCAGUUUAUGGGGCUGCAGCUCAUCCACUCCUACAAAGCCCUCAUCAUCCCCUGCUACUCGCUGGUGGUCUUCACCGGCAUCUUUGGCAACUACCUGCUCAUCUACGUAAUCUGCAGAAGCAAAAAGAUGCACAACGUCACCAACUUUCUGGUGGGCAACUUGGCCUUCUCUGACAUGCUCAUGUGUGCCACCUGUGUGCCCCUCACCCUGGCGUAUGUUUUUGAGCCCAGGGGGUGGGUUUUUGGGCAUUUCCUCUGCUACUUUUUCUUUCUGAUGCAGCCAGUGACUGUCUAUGUUUCAGUCUUCACUCUGACAGUAAUAGCAGUGGACCGGUACCAUGCUAUGGUUUAUCCUCUCAGGAGAAGGCUGACCAUUCCUACCUGUGCCUAUAUUCUAGCCGGGAUCUGGCUGUUGAGUUGCCUGAUGGCCGUCCCAGCCUUGGCCCACACCUACCAUGUUGAGUUUCCUCAGCUGGACUUCUCAAUCUGUGAGGAGUUUUGGUUUGGAAUGGAAAAGAAACGCCUGGCAUACGCCUACAGCACCCUCAUCCUUACCUACGCCCUCCCUUUCAUUAUCAUCGCCUUGUCCUACCUGAGGAUCUCGGUCAAGCUGAAGAACCGAGUGGUCCCCGGGAACAUCACUAAUGUGCAGGCUGAGUGGGACAGGGCCAGGAGGAAGAAGACCUUCCGCUUGUUGGUGCUGGUGGUGGGGGCCUUCGGCAUGUGUUGGCUGCCGCUGCAUAUAUUCAACAUAAUGAAAGAUAUUGAUAUUAAUCUUAUUGACAAACAAUACUUCAACCUGGUGCAGCUGCUGUGCCACUGGCUGGCCAUGAUGUCUGCCUGCACCAACUCACUGCUCUACGCCUGGCUGCACGACAGCUUCCGAGGGGAACUCAAAAAGAUGUUUCUGUGGAGGAGGAAAAGGAUAGGACCCACAGCACCAUGUGUCCUCAGCGUGGUCUUGUAAUUUAUAGCAAAGGGAAACAAUGUCCAGAUGGCCGGGCCACUUGUUUGCACACAGCAGCAAAAACCCAAUGUAUUAUGGAACAGUGGUUUGUACACUUUGCUGGAGGGGAAUGGAGGGGGCUGCUGUUUACCUUCUGUCCAGGAGACCAGAAGCAGAAUGUUAUCUCCUCACGCAAGGGCUCUUUGAAUAUGUAUGGGAUUAAGCUUGUCAGUAUGGAGACUUAUUUACAUCUUGCUGAGCAUUUUCAAAUGGAUAGGGCUGCCUAUACUAUUGGGUCACAAUAGAGUAUAGUAACCUUUCCUGAGAUGAUUUUUACCCUGCUACUAUAGACACUAUCCCACAGUCACACUCCCUUCCCAGAGACUACUAUCCCACUGUUACUAUAGACACCAU